GGCCUCGCCCUCGGCGGCGGGCGGAAGCGCGAGCGGCGGUGCCGGUGUGGAUCGGGAAGGGAUGGACACGCCGGCCAAGGAGGGUUCGCUGAUGGUGCAGCACAGCCCCAAGUUCGGCACUAAGAGGUGGAAGCGGAGCUGGUUUGUGUUGUACCCGGCCAGCCAGCACGGCGUGGCCCGACUGGAGUUCUUCGAGUGCAAGGAACCGUCGCUGCCGCCCGAGCGGCUGGGCACUCGCCGACUGGACAAGACAGUGGUGCGGCUGGCCGACUGCACCAGCGUGGGGCCCGUAGCCGAGAGCGGCCCCCGGCCCGGCACCGCCGUAUUCCGCCUGGAGACCUCCGACAGGAGCUACCUCUUCGCGGCGGAGAAGCAGCAGAGCGACGAGUGGGUGGCCAAGCUCUGCGAGAUCGCCUUCCCGGGAAACAGCCCCAGCAAUGCUGGCGUGGUGGCCUGGUGUGGCAGAGAAGGUAGUGGGGAGGCGCCAGCCCUGGAGAUGGCUGUGAACUCCAUCUACUACUCGAGAGAUGAAGUGAACGCCUUCUGGGUGACGGUGCAACGGACUGAGGCUGCGGAGCGGUGCGAGCUGCGUGGUACUUAUGUGCUCAAGGCUGAGCGCGACAGCCUUGUCCUGAAGGACCCAAGGAGAAAUAAGAUCAUCUACGUCUGGCCCUACCGGCUGCUCCGGAGAUAUGGCCGGGACAAGGUGAUGUUCUCCUUUGAAGCUGGCAGGCGCUGCGACUCUGGCCCCGGUAACUUCACCUUUGAGACCAAGCAGGGCAACGAGAUCUUCCGCCUGGUGGAAGCCUCCAUCCGAGAGCAGAAAGCACAGGUGGAGGAGAACCGGCAGAGCUGUGGCUCGCUGGAUUCAGAUAACCCCAGCGUGGUGCUGAUCAGCCAGGCCCUGGCUGACUCCCUGAGCCUGGAGCUGCCUGCGGAGGGAGAUGACUCUCAGGCAUCCAAAGCGGGUCUGGCAUCCAGGCCCACUGUGUCAGUGGAGGAGAGAGAUGCCAUGUCUCUGAAGACCCGGAUUCUACCAGAGCUCCCUGUGCCACAGGCCAAGACCGCGGUCUCGAGCACACCCCCACGCUCCCCACUGCCAAAGGUGCCCCGUGCCGUGCUGCCAGCCGAGGACCUGUCCAGUGUGUACUCGGAGCCCCUGGACUCGGUGAAGGGCUUGCGGCCCUGGCUGGACCCACUGUACUCAGACCCUGUAGACAGCAAACCUGCCAGUGGGGCCAGGGUGCCCAGUGGGGCCUCAGAGGAGGCAAAGCUCCGUCUGCCACUGUGCGUGGGCACAUAUGAGCAGGUCCGGGCUGAGGGCUUCAGCCAGACCCCAGCAGUGCCUGGGCAUAGGGAGCACAUCUACGAUGAGCCUGAGGGCCGUGCUCCCCGCUCGCUGCCCCCCUUCACCUGCAUCUACGAUGAAGCGCGACCCACAGGUGAGGCCUGGCGCACCCAGGGCCAUGACGGCAGGGGUGGCUAUGAGUACCCCUACAACCCCAGCACCGACGACUACUCAGUACCUGCCUUCCAUGCCAAGGCCAAGGGUCCCAAGCCAGUGCCUGCCCCCAAGCCCCAGGCAGCCUUUAUCAUCCCUAAAGGUGGGGAGAAGAGCGGGGACCCUGGCAGGCAGUGGGGGAACCCAGAUUCCGAGAAGGUGUCUGUCAAGCCCAGCCUCAACAGCAGCAACAACAACAACAUUGAGAUUUUGUACAGCCAGGUGGUGAAGCCCCAGCAUGUGCAGAGGAAGGAGCAGUCUGUGGAUGAAUACAGCUUGUCGCCUGUCUACGAGGACUUGGGAGAGAUUUAGUGUGCUGCUUGUCUGUACCUGCCUGGGAGGGAAUGGAGCAGUGCUGGCUGCUGUCCUUCAUGUGUCCUGACAGUGGCUUGGGGCUGGGGAUUGUUCUGGCUUGGGCAGAGCCCUGCUUGCUUACCAGCUCUGAGGGGCUGCAUUUCCCUGGCAGCCCUCUCCACAGUGAGAGCAAGAGAGCUGUGGCUGUUGCAGGUUCCAGGGUGCCUCUGCAGCUCUGGAGCUGGCUCCACUGCAAUCUCCUGGUCCACAGGAGAGCUGGCUGUGUCACCCUGUGCCUGAUGCUCUGGCUGCCUCUGGCCAGGCUGCUGCAGUGCUGGAAUGCUCAUUGCUGUUCAUGGAAGACUGCUUGCUAUCAGUCUUCAAAAGUAUUUUUAUACAAAAUUAUUUUAAUAUUAAAAUCUGUAUGUCUCAGAAUGAAA